UACCUCCUUGGUGGCAUCGCCGUACCCAUCCUGUGCUCCUGCCUCUGUCUCAACAACUUUUGUCCAGCACCAUGGCCGUUCGUCAAGCCAUGCUGGCAUUGAAUGCCAUGCGUAUCACGCCCGUGACCGUCAUGACCACGCGUGCAUUGAGUGCAUCGUCCAUUCUCUCUGCUCGAAUGCCGUCGCCGCCCCUCUCCAAGUACCUCAUGUUUGUCAUGGACAAGCGCGAGGACUCUGAUUUUAUGAGCAAGCAUAAGCUGGAGGACAAGAAUCUGCGUGAUGUGUCUGUCGAGCUUGGUCGCCAGUGGCGCGAUUUGAGCGAUGCAGAGCGUGAGCAAUACGCCAAGCGCUACACGGAGAAUCGCGAGCAGUACGAGAACGACCUUGCCAAGUUUUUGAAGUCGCAUCCCCCAAUGCCGCGCCCCCCACGCAGUGCGAUGGCACUCUGGUCCAAGGAGUCGGGCUUGGCGGCUUCAACGCCCUUCACCGAGCGCAGUCGCGCCUGGCUCGAGACCUCGGAGGAGGAGAAGAAGCAGUGGGGCGACCGCCUCGAGGCUGCCAAGGGAUCCUACAUCAAGGAUCUGGAACAGUGGAUCGAUACACACAAGGAGGACUAUGCGCGCUUCCAGGAAUUCCAGGAGAAGCACAAGCCCCUUCCUUUUGCCCAAUGGUAUCAACGGGCGCGCAUCUCCAAGAAGGCUGAGAUUCGGGACCUCGUUCGCGUGCCCAACGAGAACAAGACCUACAAGCUGGAGAAGUUACCUGAAAAGAACAAAGAGGAGCUGCGCAACUUUUACAACACUUACAAGCAAAGCAAGCGUCGUGCUUUGAAGCGCGCCCUGCGCCAGAACGGCCUGCUCUGGAUUGUGGCCCGCUCCUAAAUGUGCAUUCGCCGAUGAUAUUGUCGUUGAAUCCUGCUCAGCCCUGCUUGCCCCGUGAGUUUUGCUUCAAGCCUCUGCGUUACUGCUCAUGACCAACUUCAGCCAUGUCCGUUGUGCAUUGCUAUUGUCAGCCCAGUCCUACUACUGUGCUGAUGGAAUGGAGUGUUGCUGUAUAUUGCCGUUGUGUAUUAAUUUGCUGGCCAUGAAUGGAAUGAUUUUGCCGUCGUGCUUCCGUGACGUGCAAACGGUUUGCUUG